GUUCAAUGAUCAGGGAGAUCAACACGAACCUUCAAAGGAUCCAUCGGGAUGCAGAAGGUUUGGGACUGGCCUACAAGCACCAAGUUGAAGAAGCAUUCGCUACUGUUGCUGCUGGAGCCACAACAAGCCGACAGACCGACUCUACUAUUGGGAUGGGAGGAGGAUUUUGGAGGAGAGGAGGCGAAACACCUUCAGCUGUUAAAUGGGAGGACAGGAUCAUAGAGAUUCGUGAAGGUUCUUGGUCCUACGUUUGUAGUUCGAUCGGCAAAGCCCCUGAGAAAGUUGUAGGCACUGCAACACCUCAAGAACCACCUGAGGAGUGGCAAGCUUCAUGGAACAUCUCAACAGGAAAUGAACUAUUAAUACGUUGGGCGUCUCCGACAUCCAGUUCAGGCUUGAAUUUUGUCAUAAGAAACAAGGAACCUACUGACAGGAUGCACAUUGGCGGGACUCAAUGCGAAGAAAGGGAGCUGGUGUCUUGUUACCACUCGUCUGCAAGAAGUGGCAAUUAUUCUGUCUAG